AUGACCAUCUCCAAGCCAAACUAUCUGAUUAUCAUCGCUGACGAUCUGGGUUUCAGCGACAUCGGUUGUUACGGCGCGGAAAUUGAGACACCAGCGCUCGACUCACUGGCCGAGGAGGGAGUUCGGCUCCUCAACUAUCACACUGCGGCAGCAUGCUCGCCCACGCGGGCCAUGGUCAUGAGCGGGACCGACGCCCAUCUCGGAGGCCUGGGCUGUCUCCUCGAGUUCAAGUCGAACGCGAGGGGAUCUCAGCGCUGGAGCGGAAAGGCUGGCCACGAGGGGUUCCUCAACUUUGAGGUGCCCUGUCUGCCCGAGAUCCUCCAAGACAACGGGUACUUUACGUUCCUCGCGGGCAAGUGGCACCUUGGGCUCCGCGUCGAGAAUGGGCCACAGUCUCGCGGCUUCCAAGAGUCAUUCGCCAUGCUUCCGGGAUGCUGCAACCACUACGGCUGGGAGCCAGUGCUCGAGAAUGGCGCACCGGGCAACCGUGCCGGCGGCCGCCCAAUCCAUGCCAAGGACGGCAAGCGCGUCCACGUACCGGCCAACACCACCGACGCGCCCGACCAGUUCUACUCAUCCAACACUUACACGGACAAGUUCCUCUCCUACCUGGACGACCGGAGCGCCGAGGACAAGGCAAAGCCGUUCUUUGGAUACCUUGCCUACUCUGCGCCGCACUGGCCGCUGCAAGCCCCCAAGGCGACCCGCGAGAAGUACCGUGGGCGUUACGAUGGCGGUCCAUAUGCACUGCGCAAGAAGCGCCUUGCCAAACUCGUAGAGCUCGGCAUCCUUCCCCCCGACGUCACUCCCCAUGACGUCGUCACGCCCACCAACGUGUCCGAGUGGGACGACUUCAACGACUACGAGCGUCAGUGCUCGGUGCGUGCCAUGGAGGCGUACGCCGGCAUGGUCGACCAGAUGGACCAGAACAUUGCGAGGGUCAUCCAGCAUCUCAAGGACACGGGCGAGUAUGACAACACGAUGAUCAUUUUCAUGUCGGAUAACGGUGCCGAGGGUGCUGCACUGGAGGCGAUCCCGGUUCUCGGCGACAACAUUAGGAAAGCGAUUCACGACCAUUACGACAACUCGCUCGAGAACAUUGGCGAGUGGAACUCGUACACUUGGCUUGGCCCGCUCUGGGCCCAGGCGUCCACGGCCCCGUCGAGGCUGUACAAGUGCUUCCCGUCCGAAGGCGGCAUCCUCGUCCCUGCCAUCGUCAAGCCGGCCAAGGGAACCUUGACCCAAAACUGGACCCCCGGCGGCCUCAACCGCUCCUUUAUGACCUGCAUGGACCUCGCCCCGACAUUCCUCGACCUCGCAGGCCUCUCCCUCAAGCCCGAAGGCGACGGCAAGGUCCUCCACCGCGGCAAGGCCGUCCACGCCAUGACCGGGUGCAGCUGGGCUGCCUACUUUGGCCGCGGAGAGCAUGCCGACCCGGCAGCAGGCGACGAGUGGGCCGUGUACCCCUCCACGCGGCCCAUUGGGUGGGAGCUCCAUGCGCAGGCGGCGCUGCGCAAGGGCGAGUGGAAGAUUGUGCACCUCCCCAAGACCCACGGCGGCAAGUCGUCUGGCUGGGACGACGAGUAUGGCUGGGAGCUGUUCAACGUCACCAACGAUCCCGGAGAGAACGUCGAUCUCGCGGACAAGGAGCCUGAAAAGUUCAAAGAGCUGCUCGCUCACUGGGACGAGUACGUCACGGAGAACGGUCUCGUCUGGGGACCGGGUGCCAUGCUCCCUGGUCUGUCCAAGGAGGAGGCCCCGCUUCUCAACGACAAGGAUGUGGAGAUGCAGCGCGCCUGGAUCCAGACACCAGAGGGUGGCCAGCCCGUGUUCACGUAG